AUGGCGUCCAAGUCUUCCAAGGUUGGCCACGGGCUGGCCAAGGUCCUCGCUAUCAACCUUGACGAGCGCCAGGCUUCGAAAGAUGCUGUCACCAGGGGCGAAUCGACCUAUUCAGUCAGUACGGCUGACACUUACAUUGAGGAAGAACCGAGAAGUAUCGACUGGCUUAGAGAACUCAUUCCUUCGGGCCCUGAAAUGGUGAGCUACGUCCGCAGUCUGUUCCCUUUCACCCACUGGAUUUUGCGGUACAAUGUCCAAUGGUUGAUUGGCGAUCUGGUUGCUGGUAUCACGGUCGGCGCUGUCGUUGUGCCGCAGGGCAUGGCCUACGCCAAACUCGCCGAGCUUCCUGUUGAAUAUGGUCUUUACUCCUCCUUCAUGGGGGUUCUGAUCUACUGGUUCUUUGCCACGUCCAAAGACAUCACCAUCGGACCCGUCGCUGUCAUGUCCACCAUCACUGGCAAUGUCGUCGACAAAGUGCUGGCAGAGCACCCCGAGGUUCCCGGCCACGUUGUUGCUUCGGCUCUAGCAAUCAUCGCCGGCGCAAUCAUCUGCUUUAUUGGGUUGAUCAGAUGUGGUUGGAUUGUGGAUUUUAUUCCGUUGACAGCCAUUUCCGCCUUCAUCACCGGGUCUGCCAUCAGCAUUGCGGCUGGUCAAGUGCCAAACCUGAUGGGUAUCAAGGUCAAAGGAUUCAAUACUCGCGACUCAACCUAUUUGGUUAUAAUCAACACCCUGAAGUAUCUCGGUCACUCCAAACUCGACGCCGCCAUUGGUUUGACGGCGCUGUUUCUCCUCUACCUCAUCCGAUUCACCUUCAACCGCUGUGCGAAGAAAUACCCCAACAGAGCCAAGCUGUUCUUUUUCCUCAACACGCUGCGAACUGCCUUUGUGCUCUGCCUGUACAUUCUGGUGAGCUACCUCGUCAACCGACAUCAUCGCAAGAAGCCCAAGUUUGCUAUCCUGGGCCAUGUGCCCCGAGGGUUCAAACACGCUGCAGUGCCGACAAUCGACACCAAAAUCAUCAGCUACUUUGCCGACCAACUCCCAGCAUCUGUCAUCGUCAUGCUCAUUGAGCACAUUGCCAUCUCCAAGUCAUUUGGCCGCAUCAACAAUUACACCAUCAAUCCCUCGCAGGAAUUGGUGGCCAUCGGUGUCACAAAUCUGCUCGGGCCUUUCUUGGGAGGAUAUCCCGCGACAGGGUCAUUCUCUCGGACUGCCAUCAAGUCGAAGGCUGGUGUGCGCACGCCUUUCGCUGGUGUCAUUACUGCGGUUGUAGUUCUCCUGGCCAUCUACGCUCUUCCAGCCAUGUUCUUUUACAUCCCGCAAGCUGGGCUGGCUGCCGUCAUCAUCCAUGCUGUGGGAGAUUUGAUCACGCCUCCCAACACUGUCUACCAAUUCUGGCGCGUGUCACCACUGGAAGUCAUCAUCUUCUUCGCAGGUGUGUUUGUGACCAUCUUCUCGUCCAUCGAGAACGGAAUCUACACCACCAUCUGUGUCUCUGCUGCUGUCCUUCUCUUCCGUGUAAUCAAAGCACGCGGUCAUUUCGUCGGAAAAGUCCAGAUUCAUUCGGUCGUUGGUGACCACCUGAUCGAAGACAAAUUCCAUGACAAGCCUCGCAUGCCCGAAGACGACCAGGCUACGCGAAAUAUCUUCCUUCCUUUGGACCACAACGAUGGCUCAAAUCCGUCCAUCCACGUCGAGUCUCCUUAUCCGGGGAUCUUUAUCUACCGAUUCAGCGAGGGUUUCAACUAUCCCAACGCGAAUCACUACACCGACUAUCUUGUCCGGUAUAUCUUUGAGCAUACGCGCCGGACCAAUCCUGACUCAUGGCCACGCCCUGGUGAUCGCCCAUGGAACAAUCCUGGCCCACGAAGGGGUAAGUCGGAGGAGGAUCGAUCUCACCUUCCAACGUUGAAAGCCAUCAUUUUGGACUUUUCGUCGGUCAACAACGUCGACGUCACCAGUGUUCAGACCCUGAUCGACGUGCGCAAUCAGCUCGAUCGGUAUGCUUCCCCAGAACCCGUCCAGUGGCACCUGGCCUGCAUCAACAACCGCUGGACGAAGCGAGCACUCGCUUCAGCUGGCUUCGGCUUCCCCACAGCCCCGACGGAAGAGCAACAUCGCUGGAAGCCCAUCUUCAGUGUUGCAGAAAUCGGUGGAGCGUCAUCGGCCGCCGCGGCUGCUGAAAACGAAGCGAAUCGACGACUGUCUCGUCUUCAUGACGAAGAACAUGGCGGUCCUCGACCACAUAGCAGCGGUAUCUCCAAGUCGGACGAUAUCACGCAAGCUCAGUACAAGGAUGACUCUACUACGAGUUCCAGCCAUGAUGGCGAUCUAUCGAAGCAGAUCAGCCAGAGUAAAGCCUAUGCCCGAAACUCAACCAAGAAGGUUGCUGUUGUCCACAGCUUGAAUAGACCUUUCUUCCACAUUGACUUGACGAGUGCAUUGCAGUCGGCCAUUGCAAAUGUGGAACAUCAAGAGCAGCUGAGAGCGGCCGAGGCGGAGCAUGUUGAUGAGAUUCCUAGCAAGAUAUAG